UGCUGCACGCUUGUGUUACAGUGUGAGGUGUCCGUCUUAAAGAACAGUCAUGGCAGCCUCAGAUCUCUUUAAAACUUUAUUAUACACUAUCAACAAUCUCCUGCAACAACACAAAUAUAAAACUGCUCUGGCAGUCGUCAAAGGUUUCAGGAAUGGUGUUGUAUAUGGGGCUAAAAUUCGUGCUCCUCAUGCCCUUGUGAUGACGUUUCUCUUCAGAAGUGGCAGCCUGAGAGAGAAGUUUAGAGCGAUCGCACAAGCCACGUACACUCACUCCAGGAAUCUAGCCUGCUUUGUAUUCACAUAUAAAGGCCUGCAGGCACUCCAGCAGCACUUACAGGGGAAACAACUGCAGUCUCACUCCUUUCUUGCCGCGUGUCUUGGAGGCUGGCUGGUGUUUGGAGAAAAUAACAACAUUAACAGCCAGAUAAACAUGUACCUGCUGUCCAGGAUUCUCUUUGCCUUGUCUCGACUAGCAGUGGAAAAGGGCUUCAUCCCGCAGCCCAAGAAAGACCCGUUCCCUUUGUUUGCCAUGCUGGUAUGGGGCAUCGUGCUCUGGUUGUUUGAGUAUCACCCUCAUACGCUUCAGCCCUCCCUCCAGUCCUCCAUGAACUACCUCUACCAUGACAGCAACACAUGGCAUGAUAUUUCAGACUUUCUCAUCUAUAACAAACCCAAAACCAACUGAGGUACCUGCAGGGACAGAUCUGGACUCCUGCAUUUAACUAUAGAAUCUAGCCAAAAUAACAAACCACUUUAGAGUUUUGGUUUCUUUUUAUUUUUCGUUUGAUUGAAGGGUUUAAUUACUAUACCAUUAUUUGUGGCACAUAUAGAAAUCUAACCUUGACUGAUCUCAAAACAGUUCUCUAACCUUACAUGGUUAGAGGUUGUACUAAAUGACUUUUUUGCACAUCAUCAAACUGUAACAGAUUAUAUUUGCUCCACUUUUACUAUCAGCUGUACUUGCACUUCAUGAUAACUUUGAUAAACCAACAUGUAAGCACAGAAACCGAACAUGUUUAUGAAUUUCUCCAAAAAAAAAAAAAAAAAAAAAAAAAGGGGCCACAUUUCACCCUAAAGCAAUUCAUUUGCUUUAUGAAGUACAUGAGGACCAUGAAGAUUUUAUGCAUUGUGACAUUAUGUCCAGUGGCGUAGUGGACGGGCAUGCAGGGCCCGCACUGCGGGGGGGCCCCCGUGAUAACCCACCCGGGUCAACAGACGCUGAUCAUAUAUCUAUGAUAGCCAGAGAUAUUGUCAAAAGCAUCAAAUAUUGGCAAUAUUAAGAUGAUUUAGCAUUUCCAAAUAAUGUAGGCCUGUUACAUUCUUCUAGUCUAUUAUUAUUACUAUUAGGUUAGGCUACUUUUAUUAUUAAAUUAAUAUUAUAAUAAAUUUGCCCCACAAUAAUUUCAUAGCACAUCAUAGCGCGCAUAGGCCUAACUGACGUUCUGUGAGGAUAAUAAAAGAUUAGGAUAAUAGCUCAUCUUGAAAAUAUUUCAAACAUUUUUUUUUUAGGUCUCUUAUACAAUGAAUUAUAGGCCUAUAAUUAAAAGUAUUAACAGUCUAGAAUAUUUCCUAACUCUGACUGCAAUGAAAAUUAAGAGCUAGGCUACUUCAAGCACUGACUUGAAGACAAAAAAGAAAACAAGCCGUUUAAGAGGAAAUACUAUUUUCAUUUUUUUCUACUGAUUAUGCCGGAGACUCUAUUCGUUCCGGUGAACAUAAACAUGUCCCUGCUCUUGAUAAGCAAUCACUGACAGAACAUCUUUGGUUUUAAUGAGAAAAAAAUAAAUAACACGAGGGCAGAUUAGAACCCAGAACCUCUGACACGCUGAAUAAAAGUUCUACCCCUCAUCCAUCAGGAUAAUCUAGUAUUGCAGGCAGAUCAAAGUAUUUAUUGACUAAUGUAAAUACUUUUGAAACUAACAAUAUAUUGUAUUAUAGUAGAUGUAAGGACGAAACUAUCAUAUUAAACAUGAGGUCUACACUCUAAAAAAAAAAUGGUGCUAUAUAGCACUAAAAGUGCUUCUUUGGCUCGUAAUCUUAUUGGGAACCCCUUUAAGUGCUGUAUAGCACCAAAUCUUGGUGCUUCAGUGGUUCUUCACUGGUUCUUCACUGGUUCUUUGGGAUGACUGAGGUGCUAUAUAGCAACGCUACUGUAUGCAGAACCUGUUAAGCCCCUGUAUGGUUUUUCAGCGGUUCUUCAGUGGUUCUUUGGGGUGGUUAAGGUGCUAUAUAACACCACUGCCAUUCAAAGAACCUGUUAAGCCCCUUUAAAGGUUCUUUAUGAGCCAAAGAACCACUGUUGGUGGCUAAACCACUGUUUAGCACCAUUUUUGUUGAAGAAAUAAAAUGCGAUAUGGCACCUCUUAUGACAAGAGGGCAUAUGACAAAGAUGCUGUAGAGGAUCUUUAAAGAUAUGGUGCUACAUAGCACCAAAAGUGGUUCCCCUAUGAUUACGAGCCAAGAACCACUUUUACCACUUUUUUUUUUUUUUAGGGUGUAUGUCAUUAAAUAUUGUGCAAUUAUUAUUAUAAUGAUACAAUUACAAUACACACACCCCCCCUCCCCACCCCCGACACACACAUUCCUGUCCCACCCACUUUUUAAAACAAAGUUACGCCACUGGUUUCUCUGGUAACAUUUUGCAAUAAAGUUUCAUCGGUUAACAUCAGCUCUAAAGCAUUUAUUAAUCUCAAAGUUAACCCUUACAUUUACUUUUUAAGAUAAAAAGUUGCAUCAGUUAACAUUAGUUAAUGAGCUAACUUGAACAUUUUUAUUAACUAACAUUAACAAAAGUUAUUAAAUGCUGUAAGAAUAUAUUUCUCAUUGUUAGUUCAUGUUAGUUAUUGAAUUAACUAAUAUUAACAAAUGAGACCUUAUUGUAAAGUGUUAUUGUUUCUGAUAGUACAAGAAAUACUGCCAUGAUGUGUAAAUAAUUCAUUUAAAAACAUAAAAUCAUUUCAAACAAAUCCUAUAUUUGCAUCAUGGGGAUUGUGAAUCAUGAAACCUGUCAAAACUUUAAAAAAAAAAAUUCUCGAUUUUAGGGUGAAAUUUAACCUGAGCAUGUUUUGGUACUGUUUUGUUAAACGGCACUUUUUGGUGUCAUAUUACAUAAAUCUUAACAUAACAAUCACAGUCCUUAAAACAAAAUAAUGACAAUAUAUUCAUACUUUUUUUUUUUUUUAUUAUAAAUAAUUAGUCAUGUGGGUCCAUAGUUUCUUCCUGAUUCUCACCACAGUGAGAGAGUGAUUUAUAUAUUAUUUUUCUUCUGCUGAUUGCAAAACUUUUAAUAAUUGAAAUGCAAGAGCCAGUAUAAGCAACAAUUUAGUAAGUUGAAAGAGUAAUGUUUUGCCGUUAUGUUCAUGAGUAAUUUUUUUCCCAUGUGUUCUCUUGGUGCAGAUUUGAUGGAAGAAUGUAUCUAUUAAUUGAUUAAAUACCGUACCAGAAUAUAUGUGAGUCGUUAAUAAUGUUUGAAAUAUGUAGAUAUUAUCCAUAGUUUGCCAUAUGUAUUAAAACUGUAUGAAAUUAA